AUUAUGAGACGGAGAAAGUAUUGAUUAUCAAUUUAAUUGUAGAUUGACUUGGUCAAUAAUAAUGUUUUUACUACUCUAUAUAAUAUAUAUAAUAUUUUUGUGUUUAUCUUGUAAAGGAGAAAAUAAGAUAAAAAUAGCAAAUACUUUUCCUUCUUUUUUUUUUUUUUGGUGUUGUUGGUUUCCUAAAGAUAAAUCUUUGUUAGUUUCUAACUCUUAAUUUAACUAGAACAACUUAUUAAAUCCUGAAAUAUACACCUUAACCAGUUAAAUAACCUUAAUAACCGUAAAAUUAGUAAAGCUGCCAUCUUUGAAAUUGAUUAUAGCUCUAUUGGCAUGUUAAUUUGACUGUUCUCAACGAAAACCAAAGUGUUGACUUGCCAACUUUAUACAGUAAUAUAAGGCUACUCUUUGUUGUCUCAAGAAUUGCUUUUCAUAUACUUCACAAUCUUCAUCAAUAAACAAUUACGUUAGUUUCACCUUGGUCAAUCUUCAACCAUGUCUGAUCAAAAUCAUCAAACGAUGCCAAUUGAUCCUAAUGUUGAUCCAUAUGGCUAUGUGGGUAUGGUUCGUCAUCCUGAUGGCUCCAUCACACGUCUACAAGAACCUCUUGUCCCUGUAGACACAUCUAAUGAUCAUUCCCAAGUCAUCACCAAGGAUAUUGUUAUUAACUCCUCAAAGAACACAUGGGCUCGUAUUAUCCUUCCUCGUCAAUUACUCCAUUCCACCACCACCACUAAACUUCCUCUCGUAAUCUAUUUUCACGGGGGAGGAUUCGUAGUGGCAAGUGUAGAUACACCCAUCUUUCAAGGCUUGUAUGUGUCGAUUGCAAGUGAAAUUCCAGCAGCAGUCGUAUCAAUUGAGUAUCGUCAAGCCCCCGAGCAUAGACUUCCAGCAGCAUACCAAGAUUGCUUGGAAGCAUUACACUGGAUCAAGAACAAACCUGACGAACUGUUAGCCAACUACGCUGAUUUCUCCAAAUGUUUUCUCAUGGGCACGAGCGCCGGAGGCAACAUAGCUUACCACUUAGGCAUAGAUGCUGCCUUGAUUUGGGACAACCUCAAACCUUUGGAAAUCAAAGGGUUAAUAUUGAAUCAACCUUUCUUUGGUGGGAUUGAAAGGACACAAUCAGAAGUAAAAUUGGCUAAUGACAAGAUGUUACCCCCAAUAGUAAGUGAUAUCAUGUGGGAGCUGGGAUUGCCUGAAGGCGCUGACCGCGAUCAUGAGUAUUCAAAUCCAAUGGUGGGGAUUAAAUCAAACCCAAACCUAUUUGAUCAAGUAAAAUUAUUGGGAUGGAAGAUGUUGGUGACUGGGUGUGACGGCGAUCCUUUAAUUGACCGCCAAAUUAACCUGGUAAGGGUCUUGAAAGAAUUGGGAGUUCAAGUAGAGGGUAGUUUUACUCAUGGAGCAUAUCACGGGUCGGAGGUUAUUGAUCCUUUGAAAGCUAACGAAUUUUCCAUUCUUGUUAAGGAAUUUAUAAUUCAAUUUUAAGGAGAAUAAUUGGUUUGAGCCAGCUUAUUUUCCAUCAAUUCACUACUUCCAUUGAAUCCUAUGACAGUCAAAAUAUUUGGCUGAUUGUUUUGCGGAA